AUGCUCGACGUCCCAAUACAGAAGCGCAAGGCGAAGUUGCUAGAUGGGAAUGAAAUUCCCCUGAAUGGUCUGGGCACAUACCUUUCUGCACCCAGCGAGGUCACCAAUGCAGUUGUAGCAGGAUGGAAAUGUGGUAUACGCCAUUUCGACUGCGCUCAGUUCUACCGGAACGAGACAGAGGUUGGACACGCUCUCAGGAUCCUAGCCAAGGAGCCGGGGUUCAAGAGAGAGGAAAUUUUCAUCACCAGCAAAGCAUGGAACUCUCACCAUCGACCCGAGAACGUGAAGAAGGCGCUGGCCCAAACCCUCAAAGAUCUUGGAACAGACUAUCUCGACCUGUAUCUGGUCCAUUGGCCUGUCAGCUUCGCGGCCGUCGAAGAUGCCUCCUCCGCGGAUGGCAUCAAGCUGGAGCCGCACGAUGGCAAGGGUAAAAUGCUUCUCGACAAGGAAAUCAGCCUGUCCGAGACCUGGAAGGCCUUCAUCGAGGCGCAGGCACAAGGCAAAGUCAAGAGUAUCGGAGUGAGCAACUUUCGACCGAGUCACAUUCAAAAAUUGAUUGACGAUACCGGGGUGACACCGGCGGUCAACCAAGUGGAAGCACACCCCUACCUCAAUCAACAAGAGCUGCUCGACUAUUGCACGCCCCGGGGUAUCCACAUCACGGCCUACAUGCCUUUCGGGGGCGAUGCCUCGCGAGGCGGUGUCAAGGUGCUGGGGAACCCGUUGGUGGCCGACAUUGCCAAAAAGGACGACAAAGACGCCGGCCAAGUGCUGGCAUCCUGGGGGAUCAAGCGUGGGUUCUCGGUCCUUCCCAAGUCUGUCAAGCCGUCGCGCAUCGAGUCUAAUUUUCAAGUCUACGAUCUGGACGACCAAAGCUACGACGCGCUACUGAACCUUGGGCGCAGGCAGCCCACCAGGUUCGGGGGCAUUCCAUAUACCUUCGAUCCGGCGUGGGAAGUCAACGUCUUCAAUACCCCGGACGAAGCGGCGGCCAAUCUUUUUGAGCCUUUCUAG